AUGCAGCUCAGAGGCAUCGCCCACUUGAGUAUUCCAAGGCGACAGCGUCCCGGCCUGAGCCAGUGCGGCGCGCGCCCUUCAGAGAGCCUGCACGACUCUCUAGAGCCCAUCCCGCUGCGGCUGAACACGACCCCCUACCCACGAGAGAUCCGGGAGCACUUUUACCGGGAGGCGUGCCUUGCGACGAACAACGCCGUCAACGACGGGUUGCACCAACUAGAGAUCCGGUGCAUCAUCCCCGAGCUGAACCCCGAGAUGGACGUGUACCGGAUCGGCACCCUCCUGGAGCUCAUGCGCGAGCUCGCCUUCACCUUCGCUGACGACGGCAAGCGCGUCAAGGCGUGCGUCCAGGGCAGCAUGGGGGACGGCAUCUUCUCCGGCAUGCCCCUCGCGCUGGCCGGCACACGACGCAUCAUCGAGAGCAUGGACUGGGGGGACGAGGAGGACAAAGCCAACUUCAUCCGCUUCGGAGCAGUCGGAGCGAAGGAAGUAGCCGAUGAGGACGAACUCUUUAUCGUCAGGGCGCCCCAAAACGCGGUAGCGAAUUGCAUCAUUCCGGAUUUGGAAGCGAUGCUGGAGGCUGCGGGAACGCGGCCGCUGACAAUCGUGAACCCGCGACUGAAGGACGUGCCCAGCUCCGCCGGCGUGAUGCAGAUCCGCGGGCGCGAGGAGCGUGAGCGCUUCACUGCGUCGUUCUUCCAGUGCUACAACUUCCGGCUGCUCUACAAGGCCGCCACCAACUUCUACCCCAUCAUGGGCGCGCUCAGGUACGUCUAUCCUGGCAAGUACGAGGUCUACCGGAGGAAGGAUUUGGGCUUCGGUGAGGAGCGGUACGAUUUGUUGGGCGAGUUCGACGAGGAGCCCAUGAAGCAGGACCUGGGAGACGUGUUGUACGGGCGGCGAAAGGUCGGGGAACAGAAGCUCAAAGCCAGGGGUCUGUUUGGAUAG